AUGGCACCAAUGGUGCUGCCAAUGGCCAAAACCAGGAUGCGAACCAACCGCCUACUCGAAAUAUCACAGGGCCCCAGACAAAUUCGAGAUGAGGCAGAUCAGAGACGCCAGGCUGCAGCAGCGCAGUCGGAAGACAGCACCUCAGCUGCUCCUGGCGACUCCACUCCAGUUGAAGCUGAAUCAUCGAGGGCCUCUCGCCAGCGCUCUCGUGCCGGGACGUCUGAGAAUGGUGUUCCGGAUAAGAAAAAGAAGGAACAGGCCAAGACGAUUGCGAAAAUCAAGGAAAGCAAAGCGUUCAAGAAGCGCAAGCGAGAUGCCGGAGUUGACUCAGAUGACGAUGAUGAUAUUGCCCGCGCCAUCUUCAAUGAACGGCAUGCACCACUCCCGGGACAGAUGGAUAACUGCGAGAUUUGCACUAAGAGAUUUACCGUAACUCCAUACUCGGUUGCAGGGCCCAACGGUGGCCUUCUCUGCGCCCCUUGUGGCCGUCAAAUUGCGAAAGAGCGCCAAGGAAUGCAGCCAAAGAAAAAGGCGCCUAGGAAGCAGACAGGCGGUAUCGGCUCUCGCCGGGCUCACCAGAGCCGGAUCCUCGAUGGUGAUAUCGGUACAAAGAGUUUGGCAACUCUUUGCGUGCAGACACUUGCCAAGAAUGUAGAUCUGGCGGAUAGUCUGGGCGACCUUCCUCCACAUCUCAUUGACAAAAUUGCACGCAUCUUCUCAAAGAGAAGGUUGCUUAGAGCAGAGACGCUGCCUUUAUUCGUGCAGCCCAACACUGAGGUGCUGCACAUCUAUGAUGGUGCUAAGAUUAGCGAGCAGGAUCUACUUGGAAUUUUCCAGGUUGCAACAAAGCUGCGGCGAUUCAAAGCCCGGUACAUGGUUCAGUUCAAGGACGAGGUCAUGGACUAUGUCCUCUCGCGAGAUAUCAAGUUGGAGAGCUUCUACCUGAGCGGCGCCAAUCUUCUGAGCGACGAAAAAUGGCACGAGUUCAUCGACGCUCAGGGCGAGUGCCUCAAGGCGUUACAGGUCUACUAUACCGACAAGCACUUCGGGGAUGAUACCGUGGACGUCAUCGCUAAGAAUUGCCCAAGCAUCGAACGGCUAAAGAUCGAGCACAAUCAAAAGCUUACAGAUGAGGGUGUCAAAGGACUUGCCAAUAUCCCCUCGCUGCUGCAUCUCGGCCUGCAACUGCAGCACAGCAUCUCGCCCGAGGCCAUCACACCCGUGUUGUCCAGCAUCGGACAGAAACUUGAAACAUUUUCGCUGACUAUCGUCCCCAAAGCCGACGACAGUGUCUUGCAGAGUCUGCAUGAUAACUGCCGGUCCCUUGUCAAGCUGCGCAUUACCGAGAGCGAGGUGAUGACCGACGCGGGAUUCGCGAAGCUCUUCACGAACUGGGAAAAUCCACCCCUGCGGAUCCUCGAUCUCCAGAAGUGCCGGUAUGUGAGUGCGCAGCAACCCCGCCAUAAUGCCCACAACGUCGGGCUUUGUGACGAGGGGUUCAAGGCACUGAUGGCGCACUCCGGCGCAAAACUCCGAGACCUCAAUGUCCACGCCUGUCGCAACAUCACCGGCGAAGCGUUCGAGGAGGUCUUCAGCAAGGAUGCCCUCUACCCUGAGAUGAGACAUUUGGAGAUCAGCUUCUGCGAGGAGGUCACCGACUUCAUCGUCGGCUCCAUCUUCCGAUCCUGUCCCAACAUCAAAGAAGUCAACGUCUUUGGAUGCAUGAAGGUCAGGGAUGUCAGAGUCCCUCGCGGGGUCAUCCUAGUCGGGGUGCCCAAUGCUCAAGGCAUGGUCACUGAAGGAUUCGACUAG